UCGCACAGCUAAUGGACACAUACGAGAGAGAGAUUGUAAAUGAUCUAGAAACAUCCCUCACCAAGGACAGUGCGCGUAUCAGCAAAACGCUAAUGCAGGCCGAGAUAUUGACAGGGGACUUCCAUGCGGCGCAUAAGCGAUACGAAGCCAUUCUGGAGGAGAAGAAAAAUACGUAUAUUAAAAACCUGGCCUGGGAAAAAGAGCAGAAGGCGCUGGGCAAUACAAUCCCCAUAAUUGAAGAGCCCAAGGACGAAUAUAAAGCAGAUGAGGAGUUGGAAUGGCUCACCAAACGGAGUCUUCCGCCCAACCCCACACCGGCACAAUUAU